UCGUACUAACCGACAAUCGAGUUAGUAUGACUUAAAAAGCGGGAGUGAAGCGUCUUGUUGCUCUGCUCUCUAACCUAAAACAUAUUCUGUGUAAAUUGGGCUGCAAGAAUUUAACUGCAAUGGAAACAUGCGAACACUAUGAAGAAGCUCCGGCGAUUAAAGCCCUCGGCUUCCGUUUCAAGCUCACUGAAGUCUACUUGUGGGAUGAUGGUUCAAAAGAGACGCGAGAAGUUCCCUUACGUAAAUACAAAAAAUUUUCCGAGAGUGAUGAGGACAAUGAUGAACCAAGCGUCCCUUCGCCAACUAUUGAUGCUGGUGCUUUGCCAGAAGAUGUUGAACUAGCCAGGCAGAUGAGUGCUUUAGGACUUCCCAUGUGCUUCCGAACCAGCAAAAAGAUGACAAGCAAGGUGCCAAAAUUCAAAAGGAAGGGCCCACACUUGAAGCAUUCUCAUGAGCAUGAAGAAAAUGAGGACGAAUUGCUAGAAUUAAACGAAGUGAGUGAGCUAGAGAUUGUAUCACCUCGUGUUUUUAAUGAUAGCAAAAGCAAUUCUUUAUGUUGCAUGUCAAUGGCGAUUGCAGUGGAUGUUAGACCCCAAUGCCUGAAUAGUGAAGGAGAAGAUUCCGUAAAUUCUGUUUUGGUUACUGAUGUUGCUGCCAAGGAACAAACCUAUGAUGCGACAUGCGAUGUCUUGUCUAAUAAUGGCGAGUGUGACUCUGGACGACAUUCCGAUGUUCCAUUCAAGGGUGUUGCUAUUGCAACAACUUCAACUAAUUUAGGUACUAGACUUUCUCCAGAGUGCUAUUUGAACGAUGGAGUUGUUGACCAAGGAAAUAUAGUAUUCUGCAGGAGCUUAAUGGAAUGUGAAUGCCCAGAAUAUUCAUCGGUUAUUCAUAAUGAUGUUGAAGAUGAGAAAUUCUGCAAUGAAGACAGCAAUGGGCAAACUGGUGUUUCAGAAUCUGCUGAAUACUCACUGAAUUCUGAAGUUCUUGAGCCCUUUGAAGUUAAAAGGCAUGAAAGUAAUGAUGAUUUGGUAGAUUGGCAGGUGUACUGGGAUUCGUUCUACUCGAGAAACUACUUCUACAAUGUCAAAACAAAUGUUUCUACAUGGUUCCCACCGCCAGGCAUGGAGCAUCUAGCAUCCCUACAUUUCUCUGAAAAGUCCAGUGAUGUGAUUGCUGAGCAUACCGAAAUGGAUGUUGACGGUUCAUUUUCUUGUCAUCCGCAACAAAGUGGCGAGUUUUUACAGAAUGAUAGUAGCUUAGACGAUCGGCCACCUGAGGAACAGUUAACGGGGAUUGGAUUUGCUGCUGAUAGCUUGACAGUUUCCCUCACUGAAGAAGUGUCAGAGAGUGGUCAUCCACAGACAAAGAUUGUCGAUCCUGCAACUGAUGAGCUGGAUAGUCAGUUUGAGCCUGCUAUGACAAAACAGAAAAAGAAAGCUAGAAGAAUGCGACUACGUAGGAAGUCCACCAAGAAUGAUGAAGAGCUUCAAUUCCAAGGAAUAUCGAAAGAAUAUGCUGCCAGUAUUGGCAAAUACUGGUGCCAAAGAUACCUAUUGUUCUCAAGAUUUGAUGACGGUGUAAAAAUGGAUGAAGAGGGGUGGUUUUCUGUCACUCCUGAGCUUGUAGCUCAGCAUCAUGCCAUUCGUUGUGGUAAUGGCACCAUAAUAGACUGUUUUACUGGAGUAGGUGGAAAUGCCAUCCAAUUUGCAAUAAGGAGCAAACAUGUAAUAGCAAUUGAUAUUGAUCGCAAGAAGAUUGAUUAUGCAAUUCAUAAUGCUGCCAUAUAUGGAGUUGAUGACAGAAUAGAUUUUGUUGAAGCAGACUUUUUUCUUUUGGCUCCAAAGUUGAAGGCAGACACUUGCUUCUUGUCACCUCCCUGGGGAGGACCUGAUUAUGCCAAAGUAAAGACAUAUGACAUCCAAACAAUGCUUAAACCUCACAAUGGAUAUUCUCUCUUUAACACUGCAAAGGGUGUUGCUGGCAAGAUUGUAAUGUUUCUGCCAAGAAAUGUUGAUGUAAAUCAAUUGGCAGAGUUAUCCAUGUCAACCACUCCUCCAUGGUCACUAGAGGUUGAGAAGAACUAUUUGAAUGGCAAGUUGAAGGCAAUAACAGCUUACUUCAGUGAACCACAGUAGGGAAAACAUGAAUCAGCUUAGUUCACUUGUUGCGUGGACACAAUGGAGCUACUACGGCUAAAAUUUUAGACAUUGAGCCGCCAUGAAACUCUGACUUACGCCUGAUGCGUAGUUGUUAGCAACUUAGCAUAUCUCAUAGAUCACUUUUGUCCCAAAAAAACUUAUGAAGUGACAUUUUGUUUUAUUUUGUGAACAUACAUUCUGUAGUAGCCUGCAUUAUGAUUAAUCAGAAAGUUCCAGGUGCAGUUGUACAA